AUGGCCCUGGAGGUGGCAGCUCAGGGCAGCGGCCUCUUCUUGUCCUUGUGUCAGCCCCAGGGUGCCUUGGUGGCUCUGCAGCUGGCCAUGGUGGAUGUGUCUGGAGAUCGUGGUGCUCUCCCUGGCUCUGCUGCUGACUUGUGCGUGUCACCAGGCAAAGCACUUCACAGCUCCCUCGUAUCUCUCCAAGGCUCCUUGAAGAGAAAGUUGGUGGUAAAUCUGUCGCCUGUCAACAACAAAAGGCCCAAUGGUGUUUCAGAGAGCUCUUUCCUUGACAUUAAGAGGAUAAGAGUGGGUGAUAAUAUCUCAGUGGGACAAGGUGGACAACAUGUCAACAAUUGCCAAAGCCAGUCAAUGUCAGGAACUAUGUCUGUCGGGCAAGGAUCACAAAGAAAGGCCAGCAACCUAGCAAACAAUACACAUGCUAGUGGGAAUGGCAUGUUUAAUAUGACUUUGAAAGAGGUAAAGAAAGAACCAGGAGAAACGAUGUCCUGCAGCAAACACUUAGAUGCCCAGACAUCCCAUGAGAACGUGUUCCCUAACAGAUAUGGGGAAGACUCAUGGGAACAAAUGAUGGAUCUGGAGCUUCAGGAACUAUUUAAUGAACUGACUAACAUAUCAGUGCCACCAAUGAGUGAUCUCGAGCUAGAGAAUAUGAUAAAUGCCACAAUAAAACAAGAUGAGCCAUUCAACAUUGACCUUGGGCAGCAGAGCCAGAGGGGCCCUGUGAGAUCUCUGCAGAUGGAUAAAAUGGUGAUAAAGAGUGAAUAUGCACCAGGCAUGAAUCAGGCUCCUGUGGGCUCCCCACAGAUGAGGCCUUCUUCUACAGGUCCAGCCUUCACUAUGGCCACCGCUGCCAUGUCCACCUCUUCACCCAUCCCUUCGGUGCCUCAGAGUCAAACACAGGUAUCGCAGGUUUCUUCUGCGUCCAGUCGGCCAUUGCCUAACUGGCAGGAGGUGUCUCAUGCACAGCAGCUCAAACAGAUUGCAGCCAACCGGCAGCAGCAUGCCUUGAUUCAGCAGCAACAGCAGCAGCAGAACCAGACGGCCAACUGGUCCACCUUGUCUCCAUCAGGACCUUCCCCUGGACCCUUUGUGCAAGAGAAAAUCCCCAGUCCUUCUUUUCGCCAGCAGCAGUUCAGCCCACAAAGCUCAGCAAUGCUUGGGGUACCAGUGAAUGGGAACCAGUCAAAAGGGAUGAACAACUAUGUUUAUAAACCAGCCACUCCCCAGAGCAAUCCCAUGGACAUAAUCAUGCAACAGAAGCCUCAGGACAUCAACAGAAACUUUAUCAACAGCGCUCAGCCACCACUAGAGCAGCAUCAUGGCAACACAAAGCCUUUGUUUCACUUUAACUCAGAGCAAACCAACCAGCAGAUGCCUUCAGUUUUGGGUUCCCAAAACAAGCCUGCCCUUCUGCACUACACGCAGCAGGCACAGGGUUCAGCCCCCGUGCAACAGCCACAGCAACAGCAGCAACAACAACCACAGCCGCAGCCUGCUCAGCCUCUCCCAAACCAGUCUCUUCAAAGGCCACCUAAUGUACCCCUAGCAAUGCAGCAAAAAAUGAUGCUUCAGAAAAUGCAGCAAAGCCAGCAAAUCUCAGGUUUGCAGUAUCCAGUCUCUCAGCAGCAUAGACAGGAUCAACACUCUGUGGUAGGCCAGGGAGCUGGCCCCACUCCAAGCUCCAGUUCUUGCUCAAAUCCAAACACUGGAAGUGGUUACAUGAACUCAUCCCAGCAAUCAAUGUUGAAUCAGCAACUGAUGGAAAAGAAACAGGCUCUGCAACGGCAAAUGAUGGAGCAAAAACAACUCCUUCUACAGCAGCAGAUGUUGGCAGAAGCCGAGAAAAUCACUCCACAAGAUCAGCUGAACAGACACUUGACACGACCACCACCAGAUUAUAAAGACCAAAGAAGGAACGUUGUCAACAUGCAACAAGCAAACCAAUAUCCUGGUGGUUCACCAGCUGUCAGUAUGAGCUCCAACAACAUGUCCUUAUCCAACCCAAUUUCAACUCAUAGCAUCAUGCCCCAGAGCUCCAGCCUCAUGUCCACCCCCGCUGGGACCCGGAUGUCUUCUGUUCCUGCCGCUCGGAGUAUGGGCUGCUACGGGAACCUUCCUUGCAACCAACCAAGCGCAUACAACGUGACUUCAGGAAUGAACCAAAUGCAGCCACACAGAAACCAAAAUCAAGUCCUGCCCAGUCAGAAUAACCCCAUGAUGUCUCGACAGCAAACUAUGACGCAGGGAAACAACGUAGCGGCUUUUGGGACAGGGUCGGUGGUCAACUCGCAGCAAGUAAGGCCAAGCUUGAACCAUGGAGCCACAGGUAUCCCUGCGCAAAGGCCAGCCAACGUGAUGAUCACGGCUACUGCCACUGCCCAGAACUGGGCCCCACAAGAAGCUGCAGUGAAGCAGCAGGAUGCACUGAAACCCGCAGGGGUCCGUUUCCCCACCGGCACUCCAUAUCCUAACCAGUCUUUGCAACGCAACGUAGGCAACCAGCAUUUUUCUCAGCGUGCAUUGGCACCUCCUAAUCAGUUAACAGCAGGAGUCCAAAUGAGGCCUCCUCUAAACCAAAUGCACCAGACUCUAAAUGGACAAUCUGCUGGCUCACUACGAGGUCUCAGCAUAAGACCUAACCAGCUGAGAGGACAGACUGUGCCUACCUUGAAUCAGCCAGGAACAAGUAUGACACCUCCGUCAUCUCUGCCAUCAACCAGUUUCACAUCUACCAACCAAAACUCUCGGGCUUACCAAGGAAGUGAGCACGGUAAUGACCUAGCAUUUGACUUUCUGAACCAGCAAGGUGACAGUAUAGGACCUGCGCUCAACAGUGACUCAGACUUUAUAGAUUCUUUACUGAAAACAGAACCUGGUAACGAUGACUGGAUGAAAGACAUCAACCUUGAUGAAAUUUUGGGGAACCACUCGUAA